AUGACUAAAUCAUGUAAUCAGGGCGAUCAAAAUUUAUUUUACGGAAGUGAGUCUCGUUAUACGAAGCGUUGGGAAACCGGCCUUUUGAAGGAGCUUCAAAGUGAUGAGCUGGAAGUUUGUGUGUGUCUCACUGUGUCUUCUCUCGACUGUUUCAGGGAGGAUGAGGGCUUCAUCAAGGAGGAGGAGAAGCCCCUCCCGGACCACGAGUUCCAACGGAAGGUGUGGCUCCUGUUUGAGUAUCCGGAGAGCUCGCAGGCAGCCAGGGUGGUGGCCAUCAUCUCCGUGGUGGUGAUCCUCCUCUCCAUCGUCAUCUUCUGCCUGGAGACGCUGCCUGAGUUCAAACACUACCGCGUCUUUAACACCACCACCAACGGCACCAAGAUCGAAGAAGACGAAGUGCCGGACAUCACGGACCCCUUUUUCCUCAUAGAGACUAUAUGUAUAGUUUGGUUUACGUUUGAACUAUGGGUUCGCUUUUUGGCGUGCCCAAACAAAUUGAACUUCUUCCGUGACGUCAUGAACAUCAUUGACAUCAUCGCCAUCAUUCCGUACUUCAUCACCCUGGCCACGGUGGUGGCCGAAGAGGAGGAUACGAUACAACUGCCUCGGGCCCCCGUCAGCCCGCAGGACAAGAGCACAAAUCAGGCUAUGAGCCUUGCCAUUUUAAGAGUCAUCAGGCUAGUGCGGGUCUUCCGAAUAUUCAAGCUCUCCCGACACUCGAAAGGACUCCAGAUAUUAGGGAGAACAUUGAAAGCCUCGAUGAGGGAACUUGGAUUGCUCAUAUUUUUCUUGUUUAUAGGUGUCAUCCUAUUCUCAAGUGCCGUGUACUUCGCCGAGGCCGGCUCGGAGAUGUCAUUCUUCAAGUCCAUCCCGGACGCCUUCUGGUGGGCCGUCGUUACCAUGACUACAGUGGGAUAUGGCGACAUGAGGUGUGGUGCUGUUUUCGAGUGCCGUAUACUUCGCGGAGGCUGGCUCCGAGAACUCUUUCUUCAAAUCCAUCCCCGACGCGUUUUGGUGGGCCGUAGUCACCAUGACAACCGUGGGCUAUGGAGAUAUGACGCCGGUCGGAGUUUGGGGGAAAAUCGUGGGUUCAUUAUGUGCGAUCGCCGGUGUCUUGACAAUCGCACUGCCCGUCCCAGUUAUAGUGUCCAAUUUCAAUUAUUUCUAUCACCGGGAGACAGAUCAAGAAGACAUGCAAAGUCAGAACUUCAACCAUGUAACAUCAUGUCCAUAUCUUCCGGGCACAUUAGCGGGACAACAUAUGAAGAAGAGCUCAGUAUCAGAAAGUUCGUCGGAUAUGAUGGAAUUAGAAGAAAGCAUUUUAGUUGGGCCGAUAAAAAGGCCGAAUUCCUGCAUUUCCAACCCUCGACUGCAUCAGUCCCACAACAACACAUACCCAACAAGCAUAGAAACGGAUGUCUGACUACUGGUGUGGGCGGCGGCCUGGUGGGUUCCCUGGUGCCGAGCCUCCUACAUCGGUCCAGCGGGGCGCCCGCCGUGGGGUGCGUCACCCACCUCCUCGUGCUUCCAACGUUCCUAUGGUGACGCCACUGCCAGCGCCGCAACAAUCGCCGCCGCCAACACCAAGCUCAACGGACAUGGAUUUCAACAAUGGUGCUCUCUUCCCUCCCUGCCUUAGAGCGGGCCCCGCCCCGCCCCGCCCUGGCCCCACCCGGCCCCAUCUAGGGCCGUAGUUUGGGAGGGGUGGGGGCGGGCCGUUGAGGGCCCACUCAAGAGCCCCGUCCCCCCGCCGCCCAUCCGCCAGCCUGUGAGAGAGAAGUGUCUCACCGCGCCCCAACAAGAGAAAGUGUUGGGAUAUCCGCGUAGUAUUAUUAUUAUAAUUAUUACAGACUUUUAAAUGAAACCAACGUGCAACACAACCAAAUACUUUUUUUUUAAAUUUAUGCAUAAGGAUCUAAAUAAACUAUUAUAUAAUUAAGAUGGCCAUUUUUAAAAUGCGUUUACGAAUAUAGGUGCAUAUCGAGACCGUCGAAGAAAGUAUGGAGCGGACCCCUAGCAGAUGUUAUAAAGUGACCCUAUGCCCAAUGAUCUGUGUCCAACCGCCCGUGGGCCAGUUAGGCCCAAUUAGGCGUGCGGAUACAGGGUGAGACAAAAAGCCGUCCAUUAAAUGUCAGCUCCGCAGUUAGUUGAAAAGCUCUAUAAUUACUAGACUGACUACGCGGUUUACGCAGUCUUUUUCUUUGCCCUCUAAACUUACUUUAAAUCAAGAAAUUAAUAAAUAUGUAAAUGAGCAGCAAUCGGCGAUCACCCUGUAUACACACGCCAGUGAUCAUUUGUGAUCAACAGCCACCCCGUCUGGAACGAAGCUGGAUGAUUCUCAUACUCAAGAGAACCAUCACGAUGCGCGGCAGCCUGCAAUAUCAAAACGUUACCAAUACUGAAAUUUUCUUCGAAAACAAAACUUGUUUAGAACCAAAACAGAAAUCAUGGAAAAUGUCUGACUUUUUUUAAAAAUUUUGAUCUCAAAAUUUUGACGUUUUGCUAUUUUGGGCUGCUGUGCAAGGCUCUGCUCUGCUGCUCUGCGCGUUCCGUUACUGACAGGGUGCCGAACCGACCGCUUGGCGGCAGCACCAAUGCCAUGGCGCACCGUAUAGCUGGUACACGUUCAAAUGUGAAUAGAGUUCUAUGUCCUAUGAGCUUUCUGACUGUACUUUGUUGAGCGUGUGGGCUUUCCUCUGAGCCGUCACCGUCAUACUUAGCGCCAUGAUAAUGUCAGGGUCAUGAUAUCUGGGAUUCCUGCCCCAUCCAUCCAUCCAUCCUAGUCUCGAGUAUUAUUAGAUAAUGGAUCCCCAGGGUAAAUCCUCUCCCCAUUUCUCCUGUACUCGGCCCAUCCGUAAAUGUCACAGAAAUCGAAAGACGGUCAAGACUGCUGAGCAGCUCUUGUACCCCAUGGCUACGCUGCAUCCGCCCAGCGGCCGCCUUCCCGCCCAUAUCCACUGCCAUGGUUUGGCCCCCUCGCCGGAUCACGCCCUGAAAAAUGUUAUAAGAACAAAUGACUGUGAAUUUUUUAACUUAAUGUAUAACUGCACUAAUUUAUCAUUAGGAGCAGGCACCGGCGGGGGGCACAGCGCCAGCCGUACAUCG